UGACGAAGGCUCGCGAGGCUGUGAGCAGCCACAGUGCCCUGCUCAGAAGCCCCGGGCUCGUCAGUCAAGCUGGUUCUCGGUUCGCACUCGGCAGCACAGGGCCGCGAGUGGCCCCUAGUUCCGGGAGCAGAGUAGCAGAGCCCCAGGUCUGGUCCUCCAGCCCCACGCCUCGCCUGCCCGCCCAGAGCCAGGAUGGCCACCAUCACCUGCACCCGCUUCACGGAAGAGUACCAGCUCUUCGAGGAACUGGGAAAGGGAGCCUUCUCAGUGGUGCGCAGGUGUGUGAAGGUGCUGGCUGGCCAGGAGUAUGCUGCGAAGAUCAUCAACACCAAGAAGCUCUCGGCCAGAGGUAGGUGGCAGAUCCGUGCCUUACCCGCCCUCUGGGGCUCUUCUUCCCUCAACGCCUUGGGUUAG